UCGCUUGAGUGAUGAGUCGCUGAAGUCGCUUCUCUCAUAUUUCAUUUCGAUUAGAAAACGUAAAUAACAAUUUAUACUUUUCAAAGUGCAGGGUAUAUUUCACUAGUUAACAUGGAUUAGAAGUGAUAGUGAUCAGAAAGUGUCAACAUGGCUGUAUCCGCGCAGCGGGACCUUGUGAGCUCGAUGAAAACAGAAACAUUCUUGAAUGUUUCCAUUAUCAGCAAGUUGUAUCCUCUGCCUUCUGAUUUGAAGCAAUUAUUCAAUAAAGAUGCUUUGGAGAAGCUCACACAGAAUGUGUUUAAUCCUCUUUCGUAUUAUUUAGUUUCUAUUGUGGAUCCAGGAAAGGCGUCCUCAUUAUCAUGGCCUUUGUAUGAUACCAAGACUGAAAGAGCUUACAGAAAUGAGCUUUCAAGCUUUAUAGCAGAUUACAGUAGUAAAGGCUUGCUUUCUCCGGUAAUGUCAUCGUAUUUAGUGAAUCCAGCGUGUUACAAAGUGACUCUGUUUAUGUUUCAACUAUCCCAAUUGGCUGUACAGUGUACACUUAAGUCCAUGAUGAAAAAAGACCAACAAAGUAAGCUUUACGCUGAGAUUACGGAAAAAUACAAAUCUCAAAAUCAGGAAGGUUUUGUGCAAGCUAUUGAGAAAGAAAAUGAAGUUGUUUUGCAGAAGUUAUCAAAUUAUUUGGAAAAAAGGAAGAAUUAUGAGAGAAUAGCAGAGUUAUUUCGAAAUGGGAUCAGUUCCAUGGAGGAUAAAUUGACUAAAUUAAAACCUAAGGAAAAAGUAGCAAGUUUAGUGGAUAGUUUUGUAAAAGAUAAUUCGAUAAAUGAAGAAACAAAAGCAAGUAUAUUAGAGAUAAAGAACUUUAGCAAGCCUGCUCAAUACUUCAGCAAAUGGCUCGAAGGUAUUGACUCAGAACUGGAUAGCUUAGAAAUGGAAUGGAACAUAAAAAUGUCACCAAUCGUAAACUCAGCAUCAAAAACGAUGGAAUUAAGUAAAGAGUUAAUAGAACGGCAAACUGGAGAGGCAGAUAAAAGUUCUUUCGUACUUGAAUACAAUCCGAAUACUGAUGAAAUUAGUACAAAAGUGUUACAAGAAAAAGUGAACAGUCAGCAGAAAUAUAUACUUAAAAAUAUAGUGAAGAACGACCGGCUAAGUUUCCCGAACCUAAUUCGAGGGUACAUAGUGGCAGUGAGUUACAUUUUAAAGAACGGACAGAUUGGGGAUGAGAUAGUUAGGUUUAAUAAGUACUUGGAGCAGAGUAAUAUGAGUUAUUUGGAGAUGGUUGAGGCAAUGAGAGCUUUGACGGAAAGAUUGAGAUAUGCUGAUGCUCGUUUGGAGCCAUCACCACUAUCAUUCGAUCAGUCUAUAUCAAUAAAAGACAUCAACGAAAUACCACCACUACCUGAUCUCUCGGAUCUUUCAAUGAAAAGGGACAACAACACAUACCUCGACAUGUUCACUCCUCUAGGAGCAACCAAACAUCACUUCAACUUAAAAAGAACUAACACAUCCUUCGUUAAACCGCAGAACAGAUCCCUAAUGUACCAAGCACCGAGAGAUGAUUUCCUGAAGAACUUCAUAUCGGGUGCUUAUGAGCGUCAGAAUUCAGCUACGAGUGUGCAUAAUUUGUCAAUAAUCUCACAAGUACAAGCGAGAAGCAAUGAGACUAUCGCGGAAUGUUCCGCAGGCUUUACGAAACAACAGAUACAACGAUUACUGUCAACUCACAAGAAAUCUAGCAGCACAAAAAAACACAAAUUCAAACUGGAUCGACCGAGCAUGAUCAUCAAAAAAGGCGGCCUAUUCAACGCGUCAAAUACUUCAAAAGCUGGUUUUAAUAUCUCAAACACUUCGAGUGAAAAUGGACUAUUCCGGUGCCAUUCCUCGCCAAAUCUGUUUGAGAAUAAAGAAAAUAAAUACACUAAGAGGAAUAGAAAACUGUCGAUCAUGCAGGAAGGCAGUCCUUCUCUUUUAGAAGUCUCUGGUAUCACGACUUUGGAAGAAAAAGAUACCCCAAAGAAAUUACCAAUUACAGAUUCUCUGAAUUUCCUUAUACCAACUUUAGUCAUAACGCCAGCAAAAGCUAAAAUCAUAGACAAUUUGAACGACAAUAUAAACAACAUUGAAAAUAAUAGCAUAGAGUCUGGUAUAGCGUCUAUGUGCUCAAAGAAAUCCAUAGAUAAUGACAAUGUUACUCCAAAAAGCAAAAUUCCAGUGCCUAUAAAACAAACAAGCUCUAUAGAGAAGAUUAUUAAUAGAUUUAAAAAGGUACGCGCAAAUGUUAUCGCACAAGAAGUUAAAGAUGAUGAAAUAAAGACUAUAUAUGAAGAAAAAGAUUUUAAUGCAGUAAACGUAGAUGUGUUCACAGCAAAUAAGGUCUUAUUACCAGACCUAUUAAGUCCAAGUUGCAGUGUGUUGUCGAUGAAAGGAAGUGACUUUUUGGAGGAGGUUUGUGAUGACAUGGAAAAGACUGAAGGCAGGAAGGCUAGAGAGAGUUUAGGGACGGCAUUAGGUGUCGAUAACACGUUUUUAGAUCAAUUCGAUCUAAUAGACUGAGCUUACGUUUUAUGCACCAUGUUUUUGUUGGA